AUGGAGUCCAAAUCCCCUCGAAGGUACCAAGAGCACCGCGGCGGCGUCAACCUCCUUCCGUCGCCGCGCCACAGCCACAGCUCCAACAGUAGCAGCAGCAGCAGCAGCAGCAAUGGCCUGCACCACAGCCAAUUCACGCCGCUCACGCCAACCGCGCCUUCUCCGUCGUCGUACCCGCCCAAGCCCGUCACCAGAUCCGAAUCGGCCAACCCGUACCCGACGACGUUCGUGCAGGCUGACAGCUCCUCCUUCAAGCAGGUUGUCCAAAUGCUGACCGGAUCCUCGGAAACCGCGAAACAAGCGUCGUCCUCCAAAGCAAACUCCGAAGCUGUAAGGCCCCACUCCCACAGUAUCCCCCCAAUGAAGAAACAAUCCGGAUUCAAACUCUACGAGCGCAGGAACACGCUCAAGAACCUCAACAUCAACCCUCUCCUCCCUGUCUUCUCCAACACCGUCUCCGGCUUCUCGCCGCGCAACACCGAAGUCCUCUCCCCCAGCAUCCUCGACUUCCCCGCACUCGUUCUCAGCCCCGUCACGCCUCUCAUACCAGACCCUUUUCACCGAUCCCGUUCCCUCGACACUCAGGCUGAAGAAAAAGCCAUCCAAGAGAAAGGAUUCUUCUUGCACCCCUCCCCCGCCUCCACUCCCAGGGACGCUGACCCUCCUCGCCUUCUUCCUCUCUUCCCCACCGCCGCCCCAGGUUCUUCUUCCUCCUCUUAA